AGAUGAGAAUAAAAGAGUAGAAAAAUUUGAAUAUGUAUUUAAAGAAUAAAGAAGAAGAUAAAAAUAGAUUCCCUAGUAUUCUGUUGCUAAGUGACUGUUUUGGUAGAGAAGGAGUAGAUGUUUCAGGAUGGAUAAGCAUGCUCAAGAUAUUUCUCCAUAUAACUGGAGUAUUUAACUGGGUGCAGCAGUGGAUGUUCAGGAGAAGUAAUGAAAACCCAGAGUUAUUAGAAACACGAAGAAGAUUAAGAAACCUUGAAGAGCAAGUCAGACAAUUAAUACUGGAACAAAAAAAACUGGCUACAAAUUCUGUUGGAAAUAAUUGUACAGUAUGUACCUGUCAAAGGCAUGGAGAAGUAGGUGUGGUCAAUAGUAGAGGGUGUGUCCCACAAGCACCCCCUCCACCGCCUCCUCCACCACCGCCACCACCCCCUCCGCCUCUCCCACCAGUGAUGUCAUUAUCAAAGAGAGUAUUGGCUGAAAAGAACAACAAUACAAUGAAAUCAACAGAUAAGCCAAAGAAGAGUCCUUUGAAGUCAUUAGUGUUAACACCAGCUGACCUCCAGCAGAUCAAACUCACCACUCCUAAAGAAAGACAUCCUUCACAAAAUGGAAAGAGAAAUCCCAAUGGUUGUAUACAACCAUUGAUUACAGAAGAAGAUCUGAGGAAUAAAUGUCUUAACAAAGUUUUACUGACCACACCAAACAAAGAAAAUGUCAAACACAGGUUAGCACAAGAAGUAUUAAGUUUUAGGUUAAAGAAAACUGAAAUUAAAAGAAGUCCAGGAGGAACACCACAGGUGAACAGAAAAAGGAAGAUGAGAAGGGGGAGUGGCUUAGCACCAGUCAUGGCAACAGCACUCAGAAAAAAGUUCAUAACAGUACACAGUAGUCCAAACACAUCUGACAGUUCAGUAAACAGUCCUUUGUCAACAGAUUCAAGUCCGUUUAGUUGAAUUUCAUCCUUUAUAUCUAGUCUUAUAUUGUUAUAUAUUUUUGGUUGCCACAUGUACAUUAUUGUUAUCUUAUAUAUUUGAAUAUGUUGACCUCAGAAUGGUUGAUUGGAAAUUUAAAGAGUUACCUACCUUAUAUAUACGUUAAUAGUGUCAAACAUGGGAGAUAAUUGUUAACAAGAUACAUUAUAUGAUAAUGCAUUUCACUUUGUUGAAUGGUGGAAACCAUAUCUCAUUUAAAGGAGAAGAGGCAUUAUUAAUUCCUGUAAUUUCAGCCCAAAACUUGAAAAGACUUUACCUCAUUCAACCUAGAGAUCUGCACUUGUUAUUUAGAUUUUUUUAUCUAAUUAAUUUUAGGGGUUUCCCUAACAAAACAUAGAAUUAAACAUUCCUGCUUUAAUAUUAUCCCCUGCCUUUUGGUAUGUGAUAUGCAAUGUCUGAAUAUUUAUUAUUAAUUUACUUACUGAAUAAUAAAAUGUUACAUAUGAUUUUUUUUUUCAAUUUUAAAAUACUUAUUUUGAAAUAAGAAAAUUACUUGUAUCAGUUAUAAAACAAUAUUGUACUUGUACUUUUUUUUUCGCGGGUACUUAUUUGUACAAAUUGUGUAUUUCAAACACGUUCACAGGUAUUUAUUUUCGCUAUUUUAAAAUUAUUGCCUUUUAGUUUAAAGGUUUGAUUUAGAUUUGCCUGUAUUUAUUUUCGUGAUAAUAACCCAACCGUGAAAUUCAUGAAAAUAAAUACGCUGGGAAAAAUAAGUACAACUACAGUACUCUUGAGUCAACUAAUAUUUUUCAGUAAUGAAUGGCUUAUGCAUCUAGAAUAAACAUUUUAAUUGAGGGAAUUCACUGAACAUUGAAAUGUGAUUGUGCAAGUAGGCAUGCUUUUCUACAGACACAUACUCUUGGUAUCCUUUGUUCAACUGUUUAAUAUAUAUGCCAAAUUAGGGUUUUGACUGAAAAAUAAACGACAGUAUUUUGUAGUUUUUCAUACCCAAAUAAAAGCUUUUUAUUUAUACAUUUAUAGAUAUUUAUAUUAUAUAUGAUAUUUCAUGAAAAAUAUCGAUGCUAUGAUUUGUAUAUUGCUUUAUUAUGUCUUUCAAAUAUAAAGUCUUUCAGA